AUGGCUGCCGAAGUCCCCUUCAGAGAUAAAACUCCUUUGGUUCCUGCCCCCCUCACUGCCGAAAGCCUUAGUGCUAGAACCGGAGGUUUGGGGAACGCCAGAAUUACCGAGCAGGAUCUUGCCCAGAUGGCCGAGGAAGGUUUCAGCGAGGUACCGAAUUACGACAAGUUCUACUUCGCUAUCAUAUGCGCUCUUCCAAAAGAGCAUGAUGCUGUGGUCAGCUCAGCGGAGUAUCAUUGGCCAACCACCCCCCUUGACCUUAACGAUCCGAACGUGUACACUCUUGCAAAAAUGGGCGGGCACAACGUGGUGAUAGCGCGUCCGUUAGGCGUUGGGUCGGGGCAAGCUCAAUGUAUUACGGAAGCUCUUAGAAGAAAGUUCACGAACGUCGCCCUGUUCUUGGUGGUGGGCAUCUGUGGCGGGGUGCCCUUUUUCCCGGUGCCACAAGACGAGAAGGAUGCGGUUCGCAAGAUCAUUCUCGGCGAUGUUGUCAUCAGCAGCUCAAUCGCUCAAUAUUUGUACCAGGGGCAGGUCAAGCCUGAUGGAUUCAAGAUGCGGAAUAUUCUGAACGGGAACGACUGGGCUAUGCAGCCGAGCCCUCGAGCCAGAUCCCUUGCCCAAGCCCUCGAAGGGCGCGCCUGGUUGGGAAUCGCAGUGAGAAAUAUGAGAAACAAUCUCGCGCAGCUGCAAUUAAAUCCAGACCUGACUUACUCGUACCCUGGCGCAGAGCAAGACAGGUUGUACCAAGCCACAUAUUAUCAUAAGCACCAUGGGGCGCGGGACUGCGCUUGUGCCAGGAAGUAUGAGUCGUGCGACGACGCAAUGAAUACGCCGUGCCAAGUACUCUGUGAUGAUAAGCACUUGAUUAAAGAUGGAGCUAGCCAAAAACGAGGUGGCUUGCCUAAUAUUCAUCUGGGAAUCAUAGCAUCAGGAGAUAUCAUUAUGCGAUCCGGAGAGCUGCGAGACGAGGUCUCGAGAGUGCAGCAGGCCAUGGCCUUCGAAAUGGAGGGUGCAGGUGUCCAAAUUGGCUCAUCUUCUUGUCUUGUCAUCAAGGCGGUGUGCGAUUAUGCCGAUAGCCAUAAACACAAGGAUUUCCAAGAGUAUGCCGCAGGUGUUGCUGCGUCGGCUGCAAAGGCAGUGCUGCAGUGGUAUGCUCCUGAAAAGGAUGGUUAG